UGUGCUGAAGCUCUUAUCCUGCCUGGAGUCUGGGGAGAAAAUGGAGGCUCAUUUCAUCAUAUUUACCCGCUGAGCUUCCUCCGCUGGAUACGCGCUCAACAGCCGAGAAGCGGACAUAAAGAAAGUUCCCGUUUGACGGAAUUUAUUCUCUAUUAUUGAGUUAUUCUUGCCACUUCUAUCACAUGGCGCAGAUUGGCAUCAUCAUCAUUUGGCUCCACGAUGCCCUCGUGACCAGUUGCAUUUCCUGGAAUAAGCUGGAACCUGAGCCUUGAAAAUCGCACCAUGUAAUUCCUGUAGUAUUCCUGCCUCGCCUUCAUCCACCGCAGCAGGAGCAGGAAUCAGAAAUACAAAAGUAGGUCCCUGCCCUGGGCACUGAGGCCAUGAGGCCCAAGACUUUCCCCGCAGCCCCGUAUGUGGGAAACACACGGCAGAGGCUUCAAGAGAUCAAGGAGGGCCUGAAGCAGCCAGCCAAGCUGGUGAGCCAGGCUUUACAUGGAGGUAGCUCCAGGAACGAGGGAGGCAAAGGGGCAGAUUGCAAGGGCGGGAAAGACACAACCAGCCGACAGCAGCAGCUCAGACCCCCGCAGAAGUUCAACAACUACCAGAACGCCCUGCGGGAAAUCCGCAAGUCCCUCAAACCCUUUGAGUCGGGCUCAACCUCUGGGUCAGGACACCCAGCAGGUGCCGGGGAGGUGAACCGGCAGAUGCUGCAGGAGCUGGUGAACGCCGGUUGUGACAAGGAGAUGGCGAUACGGGCGCUGAAGCAGACGGGCAGCAGGAACAUCGAAGCAGCCUUAGAGUACAUCAGCAAGAUGAGUUACCUCGACCCUCGGAACGAGCUCAUCGUUCGUGUCAUCAAGCAAACUUCACCAGGAAAAGCUGGAAUGCCAAAUGCAAUGGACCACCGGCCCGUGUUGGAGGCUUCAGAUGAGGCAGGUGCCAUGCCUCAGUAUCAUCAGCUGGGGGCUCCUAUAUAUGAGGGGACAGCAGGUUAUGGCCAUGAGGGUGAGAUGCCAAGACCAUACAUGAAUGCUCCCUCCGUUAUAAACUACAUGAUGCCACCAUCUAGUGCAACACAGGGCCCUGCAAUGGGAAACCCAAUGGGUCGACCUCCCAGUAUGGGCACCUAUCCACCUGUCAUGGCCACCCAGAGCAACCCAGGCAGCACUAUGUAUCCUCCUGGGGCACAGCAGAAGGGCUACCCUGGCAGUAUGGAGCAGCAUGGGCCCAUGAUGAGCUACAAUGUCCCUGGCCAGCCUUUGCAGCUCCAGCCACAGCCACCAGGUGGCCCUGUCCCAGGCCCACCCUAUGACUACAGCCAUGCCAGAACACACAUGAUGGAGCCUGCAGGCUAUGGAGUGAAGAGGACCCCCUCCUUCCAGAACAAGUUGCCACCACACCCCAUGUCACCUACAGAUAAUUAUGUCAACAUGCAGGGGAAAGGAGGCAUGGGUCAGAAUGGGCCAGGAGGAGGAGGUGGAGGCUACCCUGCUAACCUGUACCUUCCCCCUCACUCUCACCCACGACAGGCCAGCCCCACCUCCCACCAAGUCCACAUGAUGUCCCGUUCCCCAGGUGCUGUGGCAGCCAUGGGCCCUGACUUCUCAGAUCUGCCCCAGGGGUUGAUGACACCUUCCAGGGCAAGCCUCAACUUGGACCUCUAUGAGCACCACUGGGCAGGGCCGCCAGCCCCUGAAGGGACCCCUCAGGCCAGGCAACCACAGCCCCAGGGCCCAUUCAGAGGUGAAGUGCGUGUCCCCAGCAGAACUAACUCCUUCAACAGUCGCUCUGCAGGUCCAAAUUCUGUCCGGCCGGCGAUGGCUGCACCCCCUACUAAUGGGAAACAGGAGCCUUCCUUGGGCCCCCCUAAUACCAUCACAGCUGUAACAUCCCCACCCAUCCAACAGCCUGUCAAGAGUAUCCGUGUAAUGAGGCCAGAACCAAAGACAGCUGUAGGACCAUGUCACCCUGGUUGGAUGACUGCUCAGGCCCAAGAUGCAUCAGAACCUCUGCCCUACAUGCCAGAAGAAACCUACUCAAUUGAGCCUGCUCAGGAGCCACGUUGUCCACCACCACCCUACCCCAAAAACCUCCUAAUGUCUGGGGCAGCUGGUGAUACAGGGGCCCUGGAAGGAGCUGGAGGAGUGUGUGGAGCUCAGGAUCUCAACAACUCCACUGCCAGAAACACUCACAGUGGCAGCGGAGGGAGUGGAAAGGCUGAGGACAGCCAGCCAGUGAAAGAGAAGACAAAGAUGGGGAAGGGAGAAAAAACAGUGAAAGACAAGAAGCAGAUCCAGACAUCUCCUGUUCCUGUGAGGAAGAAUGGACAAGAUGAAGAAAAGAGGGAGUCGCGCAUCAAAAGCUACUCGCCUUUCGCCUUUAAGUUCUACAUGGAGCAGCACAUAGAGAAUGUGAUGAAGACCUACCACCAGAAACUCAACCGCAGGCUUCAGCUGGAACAGGAGAUGUCCAAGGCUGGCCUUUCCGAAGUGGAACAAGAGCAAAUGAGGAAGAUGCUGUACCAGAAAGAGUCCAACUAUAACAGGCUACGCCGCGCUAAAAUGGACAAGUCUAUGUUUGUCAAAAUCAAGACGUUGGGCAUAGGUGCUUUUGGUGAAGUAUGUCUUACGCGUAAAGUUGACACCAAUGCACUUUAUGCCAUGAAAACACUGCGCAAGAAAGAUGUUCUCAACCGCAACCAGGUGGCUCAUGUGAAGGCAGAGCGGGAUAUUCUGGCAGAAGCAGACAACGAGUGGGUGGUGCGUCUCUACUACUCCUUCCAAGACCGUGACAGCCUUUACUUCGUCAUGGACUACAUCCCCGGAGGAGACAUGAUGAGCCUGCUCAUCCGAAUGGGGGUCUUCCCUGAACCUCUGGCACGCUUCUACGUGGCGGAGCUGACACUAGCCAUUGAGAGUGUACACAAGAUGGGCUUCAUCCACCGAGACAUCAAGCCAGACAACAUCCUCAUUGACCAGGACGGACACAUCAAGCUGACAGACUUUGGUUUGUGCACAGGCUUCCGCUGGACGCACAACUCCAAGUACUACCAGAAAGGGAGCCACAUCAGACAAGACAGCAUGGAACCCAGUGACUUCUGGGAUGAUGUAUCCAACUGCCGGUGCGGCGACCGGCUGAUGACACUGGAGCAACGCGCCAACCGGCAGCACCAGCGCUGCUUGGCGCACUCCCUGGUGGGGACGCCAAACUACAUCGCUCCCGAGGUGCUGCUGCGCAAAGGUUACACACAGCUGUGCGACUGGUGGAGUGUGGGAGUGAUCCUGUUUGAGAUGCUGGUGGGGCAGCCGCCUUUCCUUGCCCCCACGCCCACUGAGACUCAGAUUAAGGUCAUUAACUGGGAGAGCACGCUGCAGGUGCCCGCCCAGGUCAAACUGAGCCCAGAGGCUGUGGAUAUCAUCGGCCGUCUGUGCUGCUCCGCGGAGGAUCGCCUGGGUGCCAAUGGCGCUGGCGAGAUUAAGGCUCACCCCUUCUUCUCCCAGGUGGACUUCUCUAGCAAUCUGCGGCAGCAGCUGGCCCCCUACCGGCCCAAGAUCGCCCACCCAAUGGACACAUCCAACUUUGAUCCAGUGGAGGAGGAGGUUGGACCCGGUGCGUGGAGUGACAGCGGGGACAGCACCCGGGCCUUGGACGCUCUCUGCUCACCUCAUGGGAAACACCCAGAGCACGCUUUCUAUGAGUUUACCUUCCGCAGGUUCUUUGACGAUAAUGGCUGCCCCUUCCGCUACCCUAAACCACUUGAGACCAGUGAGGUGUCACCAGGCAUCCAUGGAGCGGCCAGAAUGGGCCCAGAAGAGGAGGGAGAGCAAGAAGAGGAAGAGGACGAAGAGGAAGAUGAAGAGGAGGAGGGAGAGCAAGGGGAGGGGUGUGAGCCUGUGUAUGUCUAGAGCUGCAUGCUGACAGGCUUCCUGUACGGCUUGUGUGUCUUACCGGCCCUCAUCAUUCAGCUCACGACCCUCCCACCUAUCACUUCUCUCCUCCUGUGUAUGUUUGGGUGUAGAGGUGUGCAUGCUACCCAGGCGUGUCUCUGUGAUUGUCAAACUGCAGGAGCAGGGUAGGUGAACACUGCCCCCUUGUGGAAUGUGUAUACAGAACAGCCCCUGAUCUGGGACCAAGAAACAAUGUUGCGUGUGUGAUUACCUGCAUCGGGUGAAGCGUAGGUGGUUAGGAGAGCAGGACUCAGACACUGUACAGGUCGAAAGGAGAUUCCGGUUCUUCCAGCGGCCUCUUGUCCCAUUCCUUCCACCUUUGGUCUUACGGACAAUUAAAACACCACCACGAUGACCUUCAGACACAGGAUCUACUUCCUGUUCUACCUGAGCUGCUUUACACUCAGAUAUUUGACACAGCAAUGUGAAGAGUGGAACCAGUUUACUUGUCGAUUAUGCCUCUUUUCACAGCUGCUGCAAAAUAAGCUACAAAGACACGCGCAUACGCACACACACACACACGCACAUGCACAUAUUCAUUACAGCUCAGUCGCGUAAGGAUGCUGGAUUUCAGGUUGAUUUCAGUGUCCAUGUUGAGGUUUCAAGAAGUUGGCUCAAACUAGGUGGACAAAGAAAUUCUUCCAGAGUCCUUUGACACACUCGCCCACAGAGAAAUAGUUGCAUUCUUGUGGCGUGAGAGAAAAUGUGUCCUUUUUGCAGCAUUUAGUUUUCACAAUCUUAUAUAUCCACACCUGCCUCAUUUUGUACCAACAUCAGCUCAGUGUAAUGUUUUGGAGCCUGAUCCUUCUUACUUCUCAGAGGUGGUUGUUACAGAUAUUCUUGUGUUGGUAAAAAUGCUUCCAAAGAGUGAAUCUCUGUCCUAACUUAGCUCUAAAUAAACUUUCACAUACAUAGUCUCUGUAUUGAGCUUGAUUGUAAAAAUCAAGCCAGAUUUAGUUUGCAGUAAAUUCUUCUCAUGAGCUCGAUCAAAUGAAAGAAGGUCUUGUAUUGAAAUCUUACUACCUGUUCACUGAUGGACGCCACAAAGCACAAUUCAAGAAACCCCCCAGAUCUACACCAGCCUGAAUCUGUUGGGUCAGACGAGGCUUAGUUACUUGGGUUGGACUGAAUCAAAGCUCCAAAUAUGCACGCACGCACACACACACACACACACACAAACGCACACGUAUUCACUAAGAUGCACACUUGUACAGCUAUUUUGCAAAGAUCAGUCCUGCAGUUGCGUUGUAACUUAACCAGUCUCCUGUCAUCUGGAGGAAGUCAUGGAAACAAAGCAACAUGUCCUUCCAACAGCCAAACAUGUGAUAGUAUGACUAUGUGCAAUACAAAAAAAAAAAUACAUUAUAUAUAGUUUUCUAAACACUUACUAUCCUUUAAAAGUUUAGUUCUGAAAUGUACAAAUAUAUUGGUUUAUCUAAAUAUAUAUUCUCCUUUCAGUUACAACAUGCUGCUUAUAAUUGUGGUUAAUAUUAUUUACAUUAUUAUUAUAAUUGUUAUUACACGUGUUUCUUUUGUUGUGGCUAAAGAAGUGUCGACUUAAGUGUGUUUGGGGUUUGAAAAGAAUGAGCUGUGUGCCUUUCUAACUGAAUGUCAGAGUGCAUGACGUCACUCGGCGAUGGGGAAAGAUGACCACGGCGGUGUGGAUGAGGAUGGUGAUGAGUGUUGCAGAACAGUUGGAGGUAGGCUCUCCUCCCACUCCCCUGCAGCCAGGCUGGCCCUGAAUGUAGAGGAGGGGGGGUAAAGGCUUCUGUUUCAGACAGAGAUGGAUUAGAGUUAGGGAGUAAAGUUGGCUUCAGGAAAUUUGGAAAAAAAAAAAGAAUAUGAAUAUGAAUAGCUUUCUCUAUUUACAACUUCAACAAAGAGUUAGUGUUUGGUACAUUUUCUUUUAUUUAUCCAAAAUGACCACAAGUUCAAGUGUUUGUUUAACUCUGUAUUUUACUACAGAACAGUGCCAUGCUGUGUGUUGGAGCUCUGCUGCUCAUCAGAUGAUGCUAUCAGCCACUCCGUUCUUGCUUACAGACAAUCAGCCAACAAUUAAUGCUCUCUGUUUUUGUCGAGCUGAACUGUUCGGUGAAUUAAUACCAAACUCUGCAGUAUUCUAAAUUUCUCUCAGUGACCGGGGAUGCUGAAGAGGGUCACGGCUUUCGCGUGACGCUCCGAUGCAUAACCGGCACAAAGAUGGCAAAUGUGUGGAUAAGAUUUGUCACAGAUGAUUUUUUGUUGUUGUUGUUUUGCUUGACAAUGUUUUGAUUUUUUUUCCCAUUUCCUGUAAAUGUGCCUUUUCUAACAUGAGCAGCACAAUUUAAAAAUACUGCCUUAUUACCUUCAUAUUUUUCACAGACGUCUUUGAGCUGUUGUUAUUCUUGACUGGGGGGAAGGUAGCAGAGCAUGCUGCGUUUCACAUUGUUGCUGGCUGUGUUUACACAUGACAGUCAUUCAGUUUGUAAAGAGUAGAAUCAGAUAAGGCAGAAGUUGAGGGAAAGUGGGCAGACCAGUAAAUUACCCCUUAUGGAAUAGAUGAUUUUAUUGCAAUAUCUUUUGCUGUGAAUCAGUCUUUAACCAUUAUUGUACAAAAGCAUCUGAAAAGGACAAUUAUAAAGCUAUUUACAAUAUCACAGUUAUUGUUUCUGAAAGUGACUUUCCUCUUCAUAGGGCUUUUCCCUGUGGAAGCACUAUUCAGAUAGCUAUUUUUUUCCAGAUGGUUAUUUUUUUUGUAACUAUGUUUCUGGUUAUGCAUUGUUUUAGGAAAGGGAAACAGGGUUUUCACCACUGUAAAAUGUUACAUCUCAGGUCUUGUUUACACUUCGGAAGCUGCUUGUUUUUUGUUUGUUUGUUUUUUGUUUUUUUUUCUCUUCCGGGACCGAAGUGGAUCGUUCAAAGUUAACAUUUCACAUCAGAUUUACAGUUUUCUUGCAUGGUUCAAGACAUAUUUGUUGCAGUUUCAUUUUAGCUGUUUGCUAUGAAUGCGUCCAGUGGUGGUUUAAGCGAGAUUGAAACCAGUAUUGUGUGUGUGUGCGCGUGUGUGUGUGUAAACACAGCCAGCGUUUUGUCUGUGAGCUGAUAAAAACUGCACUCCUCUACAGAGUAACAGCAAAAUCCAUCACAGAUGAUGCUCCUUGCUCAGGAGGCUCUGUCACGCCCCCCCCCCCCCCCCCCACCACCAUUCAUUAUUUUUCUUUUAGAUGGUCCAGAUAUCUGCCAAGAUAUCCUUCAACUUCUCUAACCUCUCAUUGGCUGCAUUGCCAAGACACACUGACCAGGAUGGACUGCUCCUUUUAAAAAGAAAAAAAAAAAAAGCUUUAUAAUGACAGCCAUGGCUCUCAGCAGAGUGUGUGAGUGCCACAAAGUGUGUGAGGUGUUUCUUGGAUAUGUUUUGUUUUCUGUUUUUAAAGUUUGAGAGUAGUGACUGACAAUCUUUGCCUGGCUUCAUGUCCUCUAAUCUGAUUUCCUCUCGAGACUUACUCAUGUAUCCUUUACAUUUUGUAUUUUUACUCUACAAAGUCUUUGCUUGUCUUUAAUGUGUGAUGCAAUUCUGUUACUCUUGAAUUUAUAUUUAUACAGAUAUACAUAUUUUUUGUAUCUUUUCUCCUUUUUUCCCCUCAAGUUCCCUUGUGCUAAUGUUAAAACAUGUCUACACAGUAUUAUAGAUGAUGUAAUUUGGACAGCGCUCUCUUUUUUUACAUUUAUGUAUCAACUGAGAAUUUGUAAAUGCUUUCACUGUCCUUGUGUGUAAAAUGUAUGUAUAAAUUAAAUUAACCAGCUUGGA